AUGAAUUACUCGACCCUAAACUGUCUUCCAAACGAGGUCUUGGUCCAAAUCUUAUCAGACUUCUCAACGAGAACCCUCCUCCCAUUAACAUCAGUCUGCCACCGCUUCCACGCCCUGGUCCUUCGAAUCCUACACUACCGCCUUCUCUUCAGCACUCCGCUGAAAGAAUACAAACUCCUCCUCGAAUGCUUCCACCCAAGCUCAAAGCUGACAGAGCCACACGUCUUCUGUAAAUACCUCGGCACCGAUGGCCUCAGCGAGCGCCACGACGGCAAAGGCUCGCUAUAUGAGAACGUCGACACAGCCCACCAACUCAGCCGGGUGACCGGUCUGUAUUCCCGGUUCCGGCCGGAAGUCUGCACACCCGACGAGCAGAGUCGGAAAGCGGGGAGUUAUGGAGUCCGUCUCGCUCCAUCGCCAGGUAGGAUGCUUCUGUUGUCGGGGAUGGCUGGAUUCAUUAGGGCUGACAUGAAUCGGGGUGGAGAUGGGGAUGACGGCGCUGUAAUGCGGGAGGUGAUGUUGGAUGGGUUUGAGGAUUUCUCGCAGCUGUGCGUGGUGGCUAAUCUGGUGCAAGUGCUUCCGGGGACGUCGUUGUUGUUGAGUGCUUUGACUAUUGAGGAUGGGGUGGUUCGGUUGUGGAGGGAUUGGUUGUUGCGGCAGAGCCUGAAAUGGAAAGCCGCGACGGAACGGGCUAAAGAGGAAGGGAUCGAAAAGCCUGUGGUCGCUCCCGAUGAAGAUAUUUUAUGGGUUGAUAUGGAGGAGACCGUCGGGUUGAAGAUGCGUGUGCGACCCAAGGAGUGGAACUCCUCUCAGCCGGUGCUUAUGCAUCAAGAUGACCGAUUUGAGGGCUCAGAAGUUGCUUAUGAAGUGGAUUUGGAAGGUGAGUUGUUUUACUCCUCUGUGUAG